AUGACCCAGCUCCGUCGCAGUCGAAUUCAGUGUCUCCUCCCCAGGACCCUGGCUCUUCAAAGAACCCAGUUCCCCCUCCUGCGACAGCUACGGCAGGAGAUCCGAAGUCUACUGAGUCGAAUCAAACGGAUGACCCAGCUCCUGGCUCCUACAGACAACCCUGAGACAACAGGACCACCUCCAGUGCCUACCGAAUCUUCGAGUCCACCCACUCCUAAGCCUCAAACGACCAACCCUACCGAGAACUCCACACCAGGGUCUGAUCCCAGUGUGACCCCGGUAGAAACGGUCAUUGUGGUAACCAAGAGCGACGAAUCUUCUACCUGGACAGAGGAUGCGACGACUACCACAGAUGCACCGGUGUCCUCCAAAGUCACCCCGGGUCCAGAUCCUCCUGAGGCGACCGAACGCGUCCAAUCCCUUCUCGACAGGAUUCGAGACAAGAAGCCCGACAUUGACGAUUUCACUGACCAUCCAACUGAAGAGAAGGCUGACGACAUUCUGGACUUCUUCAAUAAGGAAAAGCCCGAAAUCGAUGACAUUCUGCCAACCCUCAACUCUGAGGGAUCCGAUGACAAAGGGGACUGCAAGGGAGGUGAUCCUUUAUCUCAGCUGUUCAAGACGGUCAAAUGCCAAUCCGACAAGAUCGGUGAGAUUAAGCCGAAAAUUGAAGAAGGCAAAACCAACCAAUUCAAAGACAUUGAAAAUAUCAAGCCCGUGUUGACCGACAUCACCGAGCCCUCUAACACCCAAAACAAGAACGACAACGACGACGACGACGAUGACAAUACCUCAUCAAGUGAUAGCUCGAGUUCCGACGAGAGCACAUCAACCUCAUCAGAAUGCGAAACUUCGACAACAGAAAAUCUGUACGUAGAGUGCUUUACCACGCCAGCACCUGGUCGCAGACGCCAAGCUGCCAGUGAUUGCAGCACUUCAACAGAGACCACCUCGGGUUGCAAUAUUGAUCCCAUCACCACCACCUCAGGCUGCACCGACGUAGUCACCGUCAGCAACUGCGAUGUCAUCUGCCCCUCGACCACGACAGUCACGCCCACAACAGGACUAGAAAUCGCCGCCAGGUCCGAGGCCCCGUCUACAGAAAGCUGUUCAACAGCCUGCUCAUCGCAAAAGGCAUGCAGCACGAAGGACUUGCCCCCGGCCACGACAGCAACCACGACCGAAGUGAAGACGACCACCGCGGAGGAUUCGUGUGCGACCUACGAUAUCGCCACGGUCACCCCCGACGGUGACGGACCCGAGGAGCCGAGCGAUGAGCCCAACCUGAUCUACGAGGAGCUGGAGCGCAUAGAUGCCGGGGAGACCCCUACUGCAUCGGAAACACCCACCGAGAGCAAGACGCCCGAGCCCAGUCCCUCACCAACCAGUAGCGAAGACGAUGAAGAAGACGAUGAUGAAGAUGAUGAUGAAGACGAUGAUGAAGACGACGAUGAAGACGACGAUGAAGACGACGAUGAGGACGAAAGCAGCUCUCCAACCCCAACCACAGAGCCAUCUUCGACCUCCUCAACACCCACCCCAACCAGCCAGAUGAUAUUCGUCCUGAACUAUAGGCCGGGCGACGACCACGACAGCCGAUGGGCAAUCUUUGCCCCCGAAAUGGACGACGACAGCCCAGACUGGUGCUCUACCAACUCUGACGCCUACCAGGGGUACUACCGGAUUGAGGAAACGCUAGACCGGUACACAGACGACGUGCCCUUUCCCAAUGGCGAUGGCGUCAAGUUUGAGAAAUUCGGCCUGGAUGGCCUCGAGAAGGUCCCCUGCGUCUACAGCGGUACCUGGGACGAUCCCGGCAAGCUGACCUGUCUUGGAAACGCCGAGGUGCAAUGCUCCUCGGACUUUGAUUGGCUUGAUGAACGGACGAAAUGCGGUGAUGAUGAUGAUGAUGAUGAUUACUCGGAUAUGGUGCCCAGAGUGCGAUGCAGUUGGGGGCCUGAGGCAAUGCGCCCUGGUUGA